UCCCAAAGGGGGACACAGCGCUCUCUGCUGCCUCAGACCCUGUUAUCAGCAGCCCCCCUCCUCUUCUACCCCACUCUCCCCCCACUCCAACGAAAACACUUUCGGGAAGAAUUAAGUUUUUCCUGCGCUCAGCGGCGCGCACUCGGAGCCGAGCCGUGGCCUAGCACAACACCUCGAUAUGUGGAGACGCCGCGCGCUCGGGGACUGUCUCCUGGCCUGUCUCCUGUUCCUCGUGACUCUCGCUGAUACGUAUCGAUUCCUGAGCAGGAGCGGUGCCUCACAGUUCCUCAGUCGUCAGCGGAGAGCCAACUCUCUGUUUGAGGAGAGCAAGAAGGGAAACCUGGAGCGAGAGUGCAUCGAGGAGCUGUGCAACAAGGAGGAGGCACGAGAGAUCUUUGAGAACCAGCCAGAGACGGAAUAUUUCUAUCCCAAAUAUGUCUUUUGCCUGGGAUCACACAGAGUUGGAAUUAACAACCAAAACUCAGAUUCAGCCAUCCCUUCAAACCUUCGCACCUGUGUCAAUGAGAUCAGUAACCAGUGCUCCCCGUAUCCCUGUUAUAAAGAAGGAUCAGAACGUUGUGUGGACGGACAGGCCACCUUCACCUGUGUUUGUAAAACAGGCUGGAAGGGACCACGCUGUGAAGAUGACAUUGAUGAGUGCACAGACCCAGAUCAUCCCGCUGGGUGCAACCAAAAAUGCUACAACUUCCCCGGCAGUUUCCGCUGCAUGUGCGAAGACGGCUUCUAUAUGAGUAAUAAAAUCAGUUGUGUGGAUAUCGAUGAAUGCCUGCUGUAUCCUAGUAUCUGUGAAAAGCCGGCCAAAUGUGUGAACACCCCCGGGAUGUACGAGUGCGAAUGUCCCACAGGAUUCAAAUAUAACUUUACAUCAAGGACCUGCAACGAUGUGGACGAGUGCGCUAUGAAUGUUUGUGAGGACACCUGCAUUAACACAGUGGGCAGUUACGCGUGUUACUGUGACGGGAGGGAAGGGCUGCGUCUGGCCCCUGAUCAGAUUCACUGUGACUCGAUCCCUGUCUGUGUGGGACUGUAUGAUCAUAAACACCCAGAGAUGCUUUACCUUGGCGAACAGUUCGCAGGACUGCCUGUCAUCUACCUGCGCUUCAGACUGCCAGAAAAUACCAAGUUUGCAGCAGAGUUUGACUUCCGCACCUUUGACCCAGAAGGAGUGGUUCUGUAUGCAGAGUCGUCCCAGGACUCUUGGUUUAUGCUUGGGCUGAGGGGAGGGCGCAUCGAGGUCCAAUUCAAAAACCAGCACACCUUUAAAGUGACCAGCGGAGGCAAAGCUAUCAACGACGGACAGUGGCACGUGAUCUCGGUGGAUGAACUUGAGAGUAGCAUCAGUGUGAAGAUAAGUAAAGAGGCUGUGAUGAGCAUCAACAGUCCUGAGAGUCUCUUCACCUCCGUCAAUGGGAAACUGGAAACCAAAGUUUACAUCGCGGGAAUGCCGAACAAAACCGACAAUGUCAUCAAACCGAUCAAUCCUCGCCUGGACGGUUGCAUUCGCGGCUGGAACCUGAUGAACCAGGGCGCGUCUGGAGUGAAGGAGGUCAUUCAGGAGAAAAAGAGCAAACACUGUUACGUUCAUGUGGAGAGGGGCUCUUUCUUCAGUGGGGCAGGGCUGGCACAGUUCAACAUUGACUACAGUGAUAAUGACCAGUGGCGCAUUGACAUCCAGUUGAGUAUAAGACCCUCCAGCAGCACAGGGGUCCUGUUCGCUCUAGUCCAAAACAACACUGUCCCUCUGUCACUUGCAGUGAUCACUAAAGAUGAAGUGGACGCUAACUUGCAGGUGUUUUUGGAUGGUGUGUCCGUGGCAACCCUGGACACUGUGAUGUUGUGCUAUCCAGAACGAGUGAUGGUGCAACUUAAUGUGACGCCUACAGACCUUUUCAUCUCUGCAAACUCCUCCUCUGUCUCGUACAUGGCCUCUGAUCGACUACAGGGGGCACUGCAGAGCCUCAAUCUUACCAUGCAAAGCCCCCUCAGCACCUACAUCGGGGGAAUACCAGAUGAGGUCCCGUUGUCAUUGACUCCUGUCACUGCGUAUUAUCACGGUUGUUUGGAAAUCACUGUGAACGGGCAGCCUUUGGACUUUGAUGAGGCUCUGAGUAAACACAACAGCAUUAAGUCUCACUCCUGCCCCCCAGUGUUUGCCCCAGAGAUGCAGCCGAUCGCACCCGUCCCGCACAGGAAAUGACCUCAAUUAACACAGACAUAAUUUAAAUUAGCAGAGUCUCAUAGUAUUAAUGAAAAUGGUAAAUGUCAAGUUGAGAGAAGUGGAGGGGAAUGGCCGACAUCACUGGAAAAUUGAAGAGAAGCUGAGUUUAAGAGGAGUGUGUAGUUGUGUAGUGGUCUUGAUAAGGCAAAUGGAGAGGUGACGUAGUUGUAGCAUUUGUUGCAAUGAUAAAAGAGGAAGAGCUGAGCUCUGAAGCAUGCACAAAUAGAUAAAGUUUAUUUGUUUAGAGAAACAAAUAGUCAUUGUUGGCUAGGCUCCAAGAGCAGUUUAAUUUUGUCACAUUGUGAAAUUUAAAGUCUUCUAUUUGUUUGUGAUUAUUUCCCAGACUGCUGAUGUAGUGCACCUGAUUUAAAUGUGCUGUACAUAAAACAAAAUCUUCAGGUAAAUUAUAGCUGUAUGUUGU